AAGCAACGUAACCGAUAAAUAACAUCCGCGGCAGCACGCGACCUCACACGAGAUUCAUAUUACAAUCGAUCUAAAUACAAAACAUAACCUAAAAAUCAAACAACAAGAAAAAUCAUCCAUUUUCCCUCCAUACCUGACAAAGACAAGUGACAGCAAGCUAUACAGCCAUGGGUGACGAUUAUCAAUCCCAAGUUAUUUCAAGGAUAGAAAAUAUUACGGAGCAAGAUGAUAAAAAUCUAGCAGGAGCCACAAAGGAAAUCAGGAAUGAGUUAACAGUUAUCAUACCAGAAAACCCGUUCCCGGACAUUGAAGUAGACGCAUAUCCACCGUUGAAAUUCUCGUGGGUAAUUCCCAAAAAGAUUGCAGCCAUGGCGUUUCCCAGGAAUAAAGAGAAUUUGAAGUUUUUAAUUAACCAAGGUAUUACGCAUUUGGUGACUCUGACGGCUGGUAAAAAGCCUCCAGUGGAUGACAUGCCGAGGUUGAGGUGGACUGAAAUUCCUGUUGAAGAGUUCGAAGUGCCCAAUGUGGAACAAAUUAAACAAUUUAUCGAAGUUUGCAAGAGAGCCGACAAAAAUGGAGAGGUGAUGGGCAUCCACUGUCGCCAAGGCAGGAGUAGGUCGGGCGUGAUGUUGGCGUGCUACCUCAUACACUUCCACCGGUUCGAGCCAGACCAGGCCAUGAACUCCAUCAGGAUGAUCAGGCCAGGGUCAUUGGACGCGGAGGAACACGAGGAGGCUGUGGGGAGGUACUUCGAGUACCUGACGGAGGACAACCCUCUGAGGUUCGGAGUGAGCUGUGACGUCAUGGAGGAAUUCAUCCAAGCCGCCAAGGAAAGCACUAAGAAGGUGCUCGAUUGAUGAUACUGUGAUCUGUUUUGUUAUGUACCUGACGUAAAUAUAUAUUAUUUGUUUGUUA